AUGUACAGUUUCGGUUUGAAUGUUGCUCGUACUGCAGGAAUUAGCAGAAAUUAUGCAACACUGAGAGAAAUUGAAACAAGAUUGAAAUCCAUUAAAAACAUCGAAAAGAUUACCAACACAAUGAAGGUUGUGGCUUCUACGAGAAUGGGAAGAGCGCAACGAGCAAUGGCAUCUUCAAGAGCAUUCCGUGAGGGUGACUCUGAUUUUUUUGCAACAGCCGAAACUGCUACUCCUGAGACAGCAGAGAAGACUCUUAUUAUUGCAGUCUCUUCAGACAAAGGCUUAUGUGGAUCCAUCCAUUCUCAAAUUGCAAAGGCCACCAGAGCCAAGUUGCAAGAGACUCCGAAUGCCGAUGUCGUCACAAUUGGUGAUAAAAUCAAAGCUCAAAUGCUCAGAACACAUUCAAACAAUGUUGUUUUAUCUUUCAACGGUGUUGGAAAAGAGGCACCUACUUUCUGGGAAGCUUCUUUGAUUGCUGAUGAGAUUCGUAAGCUGGGUGACUAUGAUAAAAUCGAGGUCAUGUACAACAAAUUUGUCUCUGGUGUUGCUUUUGAGCCUUCUGUGUUCCCAUCCUUCUCCCCUAUCUCAAUUGAAGAGUCUCCAAAACUGUCAGAGUUCGAAUUAGAGGAAGAUCAGGCAAUUCCAACCUCUCUUUCUCAAAUAUCAUUGACCAACUCCAUUCUCAAUGCAAUGGCCGAAGGAUAUGCAUCUGAGAUCUCGGCCAGAAGAAAUGCGAUGGACAAUGCCUCUAAAAACGCUGGAGAAAUGAUCAACAAGUAUUCUAUCCUGUACAACAGAACUAGACAGGCUGUGAUUACUAACGAAUUGGUCGACAUUAUCACUGGUGCUUCAUCGCUCGACUAG